UUGCACAAAAUAAAAUCAAAAGUCAUGUUGGUGGUAACAUGAUUUGAAUGCGUGCAACCCAUGUCCGUACUUGGUCUUUUUUUUAAUGUAACCCUCAAGUGAUUUUGCUUGUUUGUGCCUUUUCAUCUUUUCGUUGUCCAAUACAGUCGCGGAUGUGGGCAAGUUUGUCCCACAAGGCUGUGCGUAUCCCUUUAAGAGUCCUUCGGAUGGCUCCUUGUUGAUAUUAAUAGAGCUGCAGCUGUGUCUUCCUCUUGUGACGUCACGCCUCCGGCGAAAACGGCAGAGAUGUCCUGUCACAGCAAAAGCGACAACACCGCCACACCGAACUAAAAAUAACAAAAACAAAAACAACAACAAACCGGGAACUGCUUCUCUUUUGUCGGGCCGAGUGACACAGGAUACCGAAUGUGAGCCCCCAACUAACCCGCUUGGCGUGUUCUACUUUCAAAAAAAAAAAAAAACAACAACUCUUUAUUUUAAAAAAAUGAAAGAAAAGAAAAAAACAAACUCAGAGAGACACACAGCACGCCAUCAUCAAACAACAUCAAAAACUACAAAGAAAGAGACGAAGCAGCCUGUUUUUGUGGUGCCUUUGGCUAGCCCCCCGGAGCUAGCUCCAUCUUUAGCACGGAGCUAAAAAGAAGCUAAUGUUCUUGUUCUGCAGAUCAACAGGUAAGAAACACACUUAAGACUGUCAGAGUGGCGUCAAAAAAAGCAAGCAAAGCAAAGAAGGCGAAUGGUAAGCUCGGAGUGCAGCCGUCGAAAAGCCGGUCCGGACCGGGACAAGUCUUGAUGUGUUCGCUGCUUUUACGACAACGCGCGGCCGCUUGGCGACUUAUGUAACUAACGGCGAGCUGCUGGAUGAGGGAGGGAAGUAAAAAGAGAGGAGGAGAAGGAGGAGGAGGGAGGCAGGAAAGCUUUGAAUUCACAUGGCAGCUCACAUUUUCGCUCGGGACAGCAAUACAAAGUGCGCGAGCGAAGGGGGCUUCUGGUUCGGGAGGAGGGGGUACGAUUCGGGCUGCUACCGCUUGGCCGCCAAAGUGAGCCGGGGAGCCCGCGGCGAGACCAGACGAGACACGGCGGUCGGACAGACGCGGUUGCGGUCGCCUCACAAGUAGUGCUGAAGGUGGCUUUUUUUUUUCCCCCCCUUCACAAAAAUCGACAAGUAAGGAUCUAAACCAGAAGUGAGACUGGACCGCCACCUGUUUUAAAACUUCUCCCGUGGAUCUACAACACGCUCCAUCGGGCUGCGACGCAUAACAGCACCAGCAGCAGUGGACCAGAGCGAGCGGAUGCCAUGUGGAGUUUAAGACCCUCCUAAAGCUCCCCCUCACCUCCUCUUACCCCCCCCCCCCCCCCCCACAAAAAAAAAAAAAAAGCUGAAGGUUUGGCCGCCAUGGACCUGCGUGGAGUUAUGCGGCCUUGCUGAGAAAGGAGAGCUUGGAUUUAGCCUGAGCUCCACUGUUACUUUUUUUUUUUAAACACCCCCCCAUUCUUAUCGGAGCAGAAACCUCCGGGGCCUAACUGAGCCGCUUGAACAGAACUGAUGCCCAGGCAUGUUUUUAUAACCUGAUGACCAGCAGAGAUAAACAAUUAGGACAAGCCUCAACAUAUGGGACGGGAUACACACGCAAGGCCUUUUAAGCACCGAUGGUGAGGAAGAAGAAUCCCCCUAUCCGCAGUGUGGGAGGUGAGGAGGAGGAGGAGGAGGAAGAGGGGAGGAGGCCGGCGGGCGAGGAGGAGGAGGACGGCGAGGAAGACGAGGGGCGCGUGGGAGCCGAGGCCGACCGAAUAAGCCGCCCCUCCGAGCCCGAGGAGCGACUCCGGGGUGAUGAGGAGCCCGACGAGGAGGAAGAGGAGGAAGGAGAAAGUGAGUGCAUUUCCUCGUCUCUCUCGCCCUCAUCCGUUGGCAACGAGGAGCGAGGUGGGAGGAGGGGAGGAGGAGGCGGAGGUGGAGGUCGGCCUUCGCAAGGAGGACUCAAACCGGCCGUGUCGGACCCCGAAGACAAAGUGGCCAAAGGCGAGCCCCGCGGUUCGGACGGCAGGGCGGAGUCGGCCCCGGACACGCCGCCGCUCUCCUCCAGCCCCUCCCCCAAGCUGCAGGACUUCAAGUGCAACGUGUGCGGUUACGGUUACUACGGCAACGACCCCACCGACCUGGUGAAGCACUUUAGGAAGUAUCACCUCGGCCUGCACAACCGCACACGGCAGGACGCUGCCCUCGACACACACAUCCUGGCUCUUCACAACAUGGCGCCCCCCCACACACCUCUAGUCAUGCAGGUAGGAGAAGGGCAUAGGAACCAAACCAAAGAGUCUGGCAUGAGCAGGCCGGAGCUCCACCAUCAGCAACAAAGGACAGUGAUGAUGAACGGCACUUAUGACAUUCAGGUGACGUUGGGUGGCACGCUUAUCGGAAUCGGCCGCAAGACCUCCGAUUGCCAGGGCAACACGAAGUACUUCCGCUGCAAAUUCUGCAACUUCACCUACAUGGGCAGCAAUUCAUUGGAACUGGAGCAGCACUUCCUGUCCUCUCAUCCCAACAAAGCCAAGACGCCGCCAGCCACGCCCCUCUCGAACAACGACAGCCAGAGCAAAGGGAGGAGUCCGAUACUGGAUGGGGCGGAGCGAGUGGCGGUCAGAGCAGAGGACGACUCCCUGGUAGGGUAUUCCAUCCCCAUCCGGCCGGAUUCGUUCGGCUGGCCGGCGGAGGGGGCGCGGGCGUACUACUGGUGCAAGUUCUGCAGCUGGAGCUGCGAGUGGUCUGGAGGCUCAGCCAAGCUUUUAGAACACUACGAGCAGCGGCACAAGAUGAACAUGGCAAGCCCUAACGACUCCAGAAGGGAAGGCGAAAGAGACCACAUUUUGUCCAAAAGUCGCAAGGAUUUGUCAUCCGGUCCCCACCAAGGAGACCCGAACAGCGGCGACGCCGAUGCCGUGGUCACCAGCUACAACUGCCAGCUGUGCGACUUCCGCUACUCCAUGGCGCACGCCGGAGACGUGAUCGUGGUUGCUCCCUUGCUGCUGCAUUACCAGCACAACCACUCCAUCCACCGAUGCUGCAUCCAGCACUGCAUGUACUGUCCGCAGGGCCUCUGUCAGCCGCGCAAGCACCUGGGGGAGGUGUCCCACCCCUUUGCAUGCCGGAAACCCACCUGUCCAAAAUGUUGCGCCAAAUUCCCUGCGUCCACCAAACUGCACGACACGGGCGGCUCCACGCCUCCUCCUCAUCCCAGAAGUGACCCAAGUGUGACGUCAGCUUCUACUGUUCAUCCCUCACACCCCGUUGCCUCACAAGGCGUCACCCACCUGUGCGACCAGUGCGCCUUCGCCACCGCCGACAUCGACGUGCUGCUGCAGCACUACGAUGGCUGCCACAGCCUGAUCAACCUGAAGGGGGCCCCGGCGCACGUUAAGGCCGAGGAACAAGAUGGGGGCGGUAGCGGGCCGGACAAGGAGGCAGGCCAGGAGUACUCUUGCACAAAGUGUCACUUCAUCACCGAAGUGGAGGAGGAGAUCUUCAGACACUACAGGCGUGUCCACGCGUGCUGUCGCUGUCGCCACUGCGACUUCACGGCGGCCGAUUCGUCGGCGCUCCUUGACCAUUUCAACUCGGCCCACUGUCACGACGCCUCGCUGUCGGUAACCGCGCUGACACCGUCCCUGACGCCGUCGGCCAACGGCUGCUCGGCGCCCUCUACCUUGGCCAUCAAGGAGGAGAGUAAGGGGGAUCUUCGGCUCCUCUACUCGCUGGCGCCACCCGAGGGACGCCUGGCCGAAGGGGGCCGUGAGGAGAUCGUCAAGAGCGAGGGCGGCGAGGAGAAAGAGAGGGAGCGCGAGAAAGGCUGGGUCCUCGGCGAGACGAGAGGCGGCGAGCAGGCCCACGGUCUUCUGUGGGUGCCCAAGGAGCGCAUGGGACCCGACCCCUCCCUGUUCCCCUCACCGCUGUCCGUGGCGUUUGUUUCCGCCAACCAUGAGUCCUCGCAGCAGAAGCGGGCCAGUGGCGUGGCCUCGCCCAGCAUGGUCUACCUUGGAGAUACCAAGUCGUUUUUGGGAGACGCUAAGCUGUACGGUGGCGGCGGGCGGCCGGGUGGAGGUGCCGCACCCAGCGGAGGGGAGAAAAUGAGCCAGAUGACAUCCCAGCAAUACACAAGCGGAGGAGGGAGUGGAGGAGUUCAUGAAGUGAAAGGAGGAGCUGCUAAAGAGGAGUCCCAGUCGCUGCUGCGGCGGCGGAGAGGCAGCGGUGUCUUUUGCGCCAACUGUCUGACGACCAAGACGUCGCUGUGGAGAAAGAACGCCAACGGCGGCUACGUCUGCAACGCCUGCGGCCUCUAUCAGAAGCUGCACUCGACGCCCAGACCUCUCAACAUAAUCAAGCAGAACAACGGCGAGCAAAUCAUCCGCCGACGCACCCGCAAGCGCCUCAACCCGGACACGCUGCCGCCCGAAAACCCCGCCCCCAAGCAGCAGCGGGCCACCGGCGAGGAGCGCGUCAACGGCGACGAGGCGGACAGGAGCUGCGCGCCGGUCAAGAGCCAGCAGCAGCCGUCGCCGCGCUCGCGCUCGCCGCGCUCCACGCAGGCCUUUCUGGCCAACCAGACGCUGGAGAUACACCGCCGCAUGCCGCCGCUGUUGCUCCCGUCGCACCCGGCGUCCUCCGAGGUGGCGGACGUGCUGGCCAAAGUUGAAGCGGGGAAAGUCGGCUCCGGGGGCAGCUCGGAAAGAGGGAGUCCCAUUGAGAAGUACAUGCGGCCAUCCAAACCGUCCAGUUACUCUCCACCGGGCUCGCCCAUUGAGAAGUACCAGUACCCGCUGUUCCCGGUGCCGUUGCCCCUCACGCUCUCGCCGGACUUGACGCCCGAGUCCGACUGGCUGCGCUUCUGGACCAAGUACAAGAUGGCCGCCGCCUCCGGCAUGGGCAACCUCGGCGCUGCGGCCGGUCUAGCUAACAACGCGCACUACCUGGGCGCCAUGGUGGCUCCGCAGCAGCACCACCCGCAGAGCUACGCGGUGCCUUACUGCGCCUCGCCAUACUCGCCGCUCCCGCCGCCGCCCGCCCCGGCCCAAUACCCGCCCCCACCUCUCCACCCUCAAACCUCGUCGUCGUCGUCCAUGGAGAGCGAAGCGCCUUUGGACCUUGCCAUACGGCAACGGGACGCCACCGAUUCUGCGGAAAAAAAGAAGCGAGAGUCUCCUCCAUCCGAAAGCCUGAAAGUUGACGAUGAGGAAAGCGGUGCCAGGCGGCAGGCGGAAGACGGGAACCCGUCCACCCGCGCCACUGCAGACGUCGCCACCCAGGUCGAGCCCAGCAACCGCUGCCUGCACUGCGGUAUCUACUUCUUGGAUGAGGUCAUGUACGCGCUGCACAUGAGUUGUCAUGGUGACCAGGAACCAUUUCAGUGCGGCUUCUGCCUGCACGUUUGCGCCGACCGCUACGAUUUCACCACGCACAUACAGCGCGGCUUACACCGCCACUCGGACAAAAAGACGCUGCCGGCGAAGGAGCAGAACGCCGUCGCCGACGCCGCCGUGACGCAGAAGCAUUUGGAUUUGGAGGCCGAACAUCGAGAUUUGGAACCGGAGCAUCCGGAUUUGACGCCGAAGAGUCAGGAUUUGAUGGCCGAAUCGAAAGCGGAGGAAAAAGUCGGAGGCGGUGAUGUCCCCCACGGUGCAAAAAAAGACAUUUCCUGCGACGACGCCACAGACGAAAGUGAGGAAGGUAGCAAAAUGAUGUCUGAAGGCAGCACGAUGGCGUUCCACGGUGAUGAAGAGCUGGACAAGGGGAACACGGAGGGUCAUUGAUGCCCCUCGAGAACAUUACGCACGCUCCCGAAGGCGAGCUGUUACAAAACACAUCCGAAUGCUGGAAUAGAAAUAUCACCCUGCGAAGUGCCGCUUGGAUGGGAGAAAACUCACGGAGAAACGAUGACUCGACAGAAACGGUUUUUGAUGGUAUCAGAGCGGCUUUGCAGCUUUUUACAGCGGUACAAUCGGCGUACGUUCUCCCGCUCUGCUGUGCAAAAACCAAAUCUGAUUUGGACUCGUGCGGUGUCAAAAGUGGAUCAGCGCAUCUUCUGCUGUUGGGUUAAAAAAAAACUAAAAAAAAAAAAAAC